UGUUCAGUGAGUGUCGUGGACUUUCUUGCGUGAGUUUUUAUAUCUCGGCAGUGUGUGUAUUGGCAUUGAGCUCGACGGGCAGAUGUUGUUUCUGUGUGAUGAUGGUUGUGAUUAUUAGCAGAAAAUCUUGAGCUUUAAGAGGAUGAAUGUUUUUCUCCUGCUGGGAUUCACCUGCGCGCUGCUCUUCCGCACAUCUCUUCUCACUCAAGAAUGUUCAGAAUCUGGAUGUGUGAACGGCUUCUGUGUGCGCGCAGGAGAAUGCAGGUGCAUGGCGGGCUGGCGCGGCAUCGCGUGUGAUCGGUGCGUCCCAUCGGCGGAUUGCGCGCACGGAUCGUGUGUGGAACCGGGUCAGUGCAUUUGUGAACGCGGCUGGACGGGAGCGCGCUGUGAUCGAGACAUAAGCUUGUGUUCAUCUAAACCGUGCUUUGGUAGCUCUGUGUGUGUGGAUGUGGGAGAUUCUUACACCUGCAUCUGUACAGAUGGAUUCACAGGCAAACAGUGUCAGCUUAAGAACAACACCCCCUCUUUAACUGAUGGCUCUUCAUGUCAGAACGGAGGAACCAGCGUGGACAGAAAUGGCUCUGACCACAAUUUUUGCAUCUGUCCAUCUGGAUUUACAGGACGUUUCUGUGAAACUGAGAUUGACGUCUGUGAUCCCAACCCGUGUGAGAACCAUGGUAUUUGCAGGAGUCGUCGUGACCUGACGUUCACCUGCGUCUGUCCGCCUGCCUUUUCAGGUCCCGUUUGCAGCUUCAGAUUGUGUUCAGACAGCGGUCGGUGUGUCAAUGGAGGGAUCUGCUUCAAUCAUACAGACAGCCGGAUCCGCUGCCUUUGUCCACCUGGAUUUUCCGGCUCAUCUUGUGAACUUCAGCUCAAGGUCAAACCCAGAUUUAAAGCAGCAGGCCCCGGCCACCUCGCCGCACCGGCUCACGCUUUCCACAAGUUUCUUCGUCCACCCGAUCGCAAGCUUCAUAAAAUCCCCAUGAAGGAGACGGAUCGAGCGCCUGGUUUUCUGGCCACACAGAGUCAGGUCAUCUGUUUGGCCGUUCUGGGUCUUCUUACCUGUCUGGUGGUACUUGUCACUACAGGCAUUAUUUUUUUGAAUCGUUGUGAAAUGUGGGUGGCUAAUGUAAAAUACAGUCAGCUGGUGCGUCAACAGAGAGAUUUCCUUCUGAAAGACAGGGAUGGCGAGGUCAACAUAAUCUUACCAGAGAAGAUUAAACUCAGUCAUUUUGGGAAACAUUAUACAAGUAUAUGAAGGUCCGACAUUGCGUCUUUGGAAAUACAAAAAUAUCAAUCAUAUACCUUUAACUAAUAGGAGUAUUUAAUCUAAUCAAAUGUACUUAGUGUGAAUUCAACUUUUGUAUUUGAAUAGGAAAAUAAACCCUGUGUGCUUUUUCUUAAGACAUAAAGUUUAAUAUUCUCCUAAGUAAGAGAUGCAUCAAGUGUCUGUUAAUCCUGACAUCAGACAGUGAAUGUUGUGUUUGUGAGUUUUUCCUCAGUCUGUUUGUUUCACAGCUGAACCUAUCACUGCAUUAUCAAACAACCAUUUUGUCGGUUUGUUUUGUCACAUGAAGAAGAUUGUUGUUGCACUAAUAUAGGCACUCACCAACAAUGUCUUCUAGGUAAACGUGAUGGAUUAACCCUGCUGUGUCUUGUAUUAGUUUACAGUAAUAAAUUAAUUGCGUUUUUUUUGGAUGGUUGUUGUUCUACAUUCAUUUUACUCGUGCGGUCUUUGCUGCCAUCUAGAGGUCACACAAAAACAUCCAGUCUGACCUCUGACCUUUACUCUCUGUCCGGCAGACGGCAGCAGGUAAGCUACAGUGCUGUUAUCUAUUAAGCGUUCAUCUUUCUGAAGGAACAUACAGGUGUUUAAUGUUUGAAGUAGAUAAAAGCCUUCAAGAUAUGAUUUAAGACUGACAGAAACAAUCUGUCAGUCAAUUGUUUACUUUCAGUCAGGAAAUACUUCGUGUCUUCAUAUUGUAUUGUAUUUAAUCUCGUGUUGCUUUACAUUAAAUCUAAAGUUACUGGGUUUGGAAGUGAAGCUGAAGUGUGUUUUUGUAAAGUAGGGGUUUUGGUUAAGAUAUUGAACAAAGAGUGUUUUGCAGGUAAAUUUCUUCAUCUUAUGUUUUUUUAUUUCUGAGUUGUGUGUGUAAGUCACCAAAUCCAACCUUUAUAUUAUUUUAAUCUCUGUCUUGUUACCUAAAACAUAACAUCAUUUUGAAACAUGUCAUCAACUCCUAGUAACUGAUAGCUGGGAUUGAAAACAUUUUUACACAGCGGGGUUAGUUGUCACACAGUCUCAGGUAUACAAUGAUAAUGAAAUGAAAACAAUACAAAUACUAUUCAUCAAAAUGAUAACUGUUCAUACAAUAUCAGGGGAAUAACUCACAAUUAUGUUUUUUUAUAUUUAAUCUCUUUCUAUUCAUUGCUGCAUAAUAGACAGAUGAUUAGAUGAAGGAUGAUGGUUAGAUGAAUGUGUGGAUAUCUAUCUAUUAUAGGCAGAUAUACACUCACCGGCCACUUUAUUAGGUACAAUUUACUAGUACCGGGUUGGACCCCCUUUUGCCUUCAGAACUGCCUUAAUCGUUCGUGGCACAGAUUCAACAAGGUACUGGAAACAUUCCUCAGAGAUUUUGGUCCAUAUUGACAUGAUAACAUCAAGCAGUUGCUGCAGAUUUGUCGGCUGCACAUCAAGGGCACGAAGCUCCCGUUUCACCACAUCCCAAAGAUGCUCGAUUGGGUUGAGAUCUGGUGACUGUGGAGGCCAUUUGAGUACAGUGAACUCAUUGUCAUGUUCAAGGACCAGUCUGAGAUGAUUUGCGCUUUAUAACACGGCGGGUUAUCCUGCUGGAAGUAGCCAUCAGAGGAUGGGUACACUGUAGUCAUAAAGGGAUGAACAUGGUCAGAAACAAUACACGAUGCUCAAUUGGGCCCAAAGUGUGCCAAGAAAAUAUCCCCCACACCAUUACACCACCACCAGCCUGAACUGUUGAUACAAGGUAAGAUGGAUCCAUGCUUUACCAUCUGAAUGUCGCAGCAGAAAUCAAGACUCAACAGACCAGGCAACAUUUUUUCCAAUCUUCUAUUGUCCAAUUUUGGUGGUCCUGUGUGAAUUGUAGCCUUAGUUUCCCAUUCUUAGCUGUUAGGAGUGGCACCCGGUGUGGUCUUCUGCUGCUGUAGCCCAUCCGCCUCAAGGUUCGACGUGUUGUGCGUUCAGAUAUGCUCUUCUGUAUAUCUCGGUUGUAACGAGUGGUUAUUUGAGUUACUGUUGCCUUUCUAUCAGCUCCAACCAGGCUGGCCAUACUUCUCAGAUUUUUGGCAUCAACAAGGCAUUUGCGCCAACAGAGCUGCCACUCACUGGAUAUUUUCUCUUUUUCUGACCAUUCUUUGUAAACCCUACAGAUGGUUUUGUGUGAAAAUCCCAGUAGAUCAGCAGUUUCUGAAAUACUCAGACCAGCCCGUCUGGCACCAACAACCAUGCCACUUUCAAAGUCACUUAAAUCACUUUUCUUCCCCAUUCUGAUGCUCGGUUUGAACUUCAGCAGAUCGUCUUGACCAUGUCUACAUGUCUAAAUGCAUUGAGUUGCUGUCAUGUGAUUGGCUGAUUAGAAAUUUGCAUUAACGCACAGUUGGAUAGGCGUACCUAAUAAAGUGGCCGGUGAGUGUAUAAACAAAAUCCACCUUUAGCAUAUAGACAGAAUUUGAUUGAAUUAUUUGUGUUUAAACUAAAUUUUCUAGCAGGUGUAACAACAAACCCUCUGUUUGUUACAAUGAACCCCACCUAUGGGGUAACAUUUGCACUCCUGUCACUUUCAGUGUAAUUGUAUGAUAACUGUAGAUCACACAAACAAACUUUAAGUGUUCAUUUGUAGCAGAGAUGUGUAUGUUGACUGUGUAAAAAGCCCUGAUUAAUUUAACUUAAAUGUUUUUUUUUAAUAAUAGAGCCAAAGUUAAAAAGUGUUAUUUUGUGCCCCGCUCUCCCCUACUUGUGUAGUUUUGCCUGCUCAGGUUUGCAUGCAUAGGCAUCUCUUUUGUGUUUUAAAAGAAAUAUGUUUAGUUUUGUCGAUAAGUGACUGAUAUUUGCCUUGAUAUCUGUGUUGAUGCUACUCUGUGUGAUCAUUGCUGAAGUCAUUCAGUUGUGAAAUAAACUCGUAUCAUCCUUUAUUGUACUAAAUGUGUACGACUGCAUAUCCUCAGGUGUUAACACACAGAACUCAAAUAAACUUUGACCUCCUGUCAUUCGAUCUUCUGUUUACACUGCUCAUUGACAGUUGUAAGCAGUAUCAAAUAAAUGACCUUGUAACCCAUAAACACUGUUUAUAAACACUCAUGUUUAUAAAAAGUGUUUGAUAUC